UUUAGACAUAUUCCAAAAGCAAAACACACAACUGUAGCUGAAACACCGGAGUUAAAAAGAAUUGCUGAAAAUACAAGAUUACAAUCAAAUGCGCAAUAUCAUGCUGAGUUUGAAAAGACUAAAGGAAAAUUAACACAAGUUGCAGAUGACCCAGAAACAUUGAGAAUAAAAGCUAAUUCCAAAAACAUAAGUAAUGCUGAGUAUCAUGGAGAUUUUCUGAAGAAAGCAGAAAUGGAACAACGUAGGCAUUUAUCUAAUGGAAACAAUAAAGCAAAUAAUAAUGAACCACUGAAAAAAAAUGUCAUUGUGAACAAAACAAUUCAAGAAAUUGAUCAUAGUAACACUGUUAAACCAAAUAAGGUACAGCAAAGUUAUAACAGUGGAAACACUAGGUAUGUGCCUCAAAAAGUUGAAAAUACACAGCAUCAUCCCAGAGUAGAAGACACUUCGGCUAAAAUUCCCGCGUGUUUAAAUCGGCAAUCUUCUACUUUAAUUUAUUCAUCUGAUACUGGAGAUUUAAAUUUGCCCCAAUCACUUCAGUACUUCAAUAAACGUGGAGAGAAGUUUUUCCAAAUAUAA